UAUACUAAAUAGGGUCGGAGAUGUGUCCUUCUAUGCGUUGCAUACAUAAAUAUUUGGAACUUAGGGAAACAAUACAAAGCUGUUUACAGGGUAUGCUCUAGUCGGUCAGUCCCAACAUUAUCACGCUUACCUUCUUGUUUUUGCUGCAGUCUAUUUGUGUUGUGGUCAUCGCUGAUAUGGCGACGCGCUGGCCCUCAUUUGCCUAACGGCCAGGCGUCCUCGCGCUGGUUGCGCGCGCUGUCAGUUUGGCGACAACAAUGAGCACGGCCAGAACGACGACCACGCUGAGCACGGGCAGGACGACACGCUAGCCUUUAUCGAUUUUCAGAGGACACACUCAUUGGGGAGCCUUGCGCGUGAUUGCAAAUCAAAAAUUGGCCCACACACGCACAGUCGGUGGUCGGGUCCGGUGCCGCAUUGAUUGGCAGCUGGGAGAGCUGGGCGUCUGCGCCUCCUGCGCGGCCCCCUUAAAACGGCCUACACAUGAGCAUGCUGGGCUUUGUCUACUUGGUGCUCAUACUGGGCUGGAUAUUGAUCGUGUUGUUUCUCAAGUGCAAAAAGUCGCUGUCGGCGCCAUUUCGCUUCGGCGAAAACUAUACGGAUGCCAUUGCGGAGACGAACGUCGAGCGUCGUCCCUCGGUGCAUGUGAUCCAGCUGCAGAGCGAGGAUAUCGAGCAGGAGGAUCACUAUAUGAACAAUUUUCAUCGGCAGUCGGACAAUUUGCAGCGCUACUCGCAUCGAUCCACGCUCGAAGAGCGCGCCAUUGAGCGCACAUAUCCCACGGAUGCGGUCAUUAAUCCCGCCUACCUGCACGACGAGGAUUAUGUGAUUAAUGCGCCGCCGCCAUCCUAUGAAGAGGUAAUGCGCCAGCCGCAGGUCUAUCCGCAGGUGCGACACAAUAAUCAUAAGAUUAGCGAUCUAAGCAUUUGAGCUUGAGCUAAAACUAGGCUAUCUCUGUAUAUAUGUAGUUUUUGUCAGCUGUGAUUUCUCAUAUUUAAAUAUAUAUGUUUGUAUCUAAAUACAUUCAUUUACUACCAAUUACAAAUCAAUGCGUAUUUCAUAUAUUUAUUUGUUGAGGGGCCAUGACAACAAAAUCAAUUCAAUUGAUUCUACAAUUGCCGCCAUCGCAUUAGCAAUAACAUUAAUUAUACACAUAUAGAAAAUGUACAAAAUGAUUUUACAUAUGAUUACAAACAAACAAUCAGUCAAAGUGUGUGUGUGUGUUUGUGUGUGUGUGUUAAGUUGUAAAUAAAUAAUAAGAUGAAAGUGUGUCGUACAAAAUAAACCGAGAAAAAACAUAAA